UUGUGAGAGCAAUAAUUAGGAAAUUGGACCAUAUUGCAGGCCGUGGGGAAGAAGAACAUGUUACUGUCGGUUGUUCUGUGCUACACCACCUUCUUGUACUAGUGUUCCCCCUUUGGCUCUAUAGUAGGAGUAUUCAUUCCUCUAUUAUUCUUUCCUUACAAAUCACAUCUUCUUUUAGUAAUUUUACUUUCUAGACUUUAAAACUUUUUAUACCUCUUUUUAUUGUUUAAUAUUAGCUAAAUUAAACCACAUUAUUUUUCUCCCCUUCAUUAUUUUCUUUUUAAUCUUAUCUUAUUUAGGGUUUUACUAUUUAUUAUCCUUCCCAAUCCCAUCAAAUCCAACUCCGAACCCACUAUCUAAUUAGUAAUUACCCCUUUGAUAUAUAUAUCUAGGGCUUUUGGUUAGUGGAUAAAGCAUGCCCACCCAUGUCAAAAUCAAGUUUGCUUAGUCAAUUAUAGUUCAUAUCCAAUGACUACAAAUACCCUAAUUAUACACUAAUUUUCUCUUAAUUAUUUAAUUAACACCCUUGAUUCAUUCCCUCUAGAACUCAUAUUUUCUACAUAGUCAAAUUCUCUUGAUUUGAUUUUGAAUGGAAGUCAAGAAGCCAAAUAAAGAGAUUCCAAUUCAUCCCAAUAAUUCAUUCAUUUACAAAAACACUUUAUCUCCACCAUCUCCACCACCACCAACAUCACAAAAGAAAACUCUAACCCUAGAUCCAUCCCAUCCAACAAGUGAUUCAGAUCCGAAUCCAAAUCUAAAAAUGAUCCGUUAUCGGGAAUGCCAAAGAAACCACGCGGCUCAUUUGGGAAACCACGUGGUAGAUGGUUGUGGCGAGUUUAUGCCUUCGGGCGAGGACGGAACACGCCUCGCCCUAAAGUGUGCGGCUUGCGAUUGUCAUCGCAAUUUUCAUAGACAAGUGGUAGAAAAUGAUACUACCACGUCUAUGGCCACACCACUUUUACAAGUAAGACCCGGUGCACUCACACCAACUACAACAAAUUGUUAUAUUUCUUUUAACAAGUACCACAAGCAUAAUAAUAACCUUUUACCGGUAACUACUACUAGUGCUGCUACUCCGGUGCACAACUCCCACCUCCGAGCGCCAGUAAUGAUGGCGUUCGGAGGCGGGGGAGUAGCAGCAGAAUCCUCUAGCGAUGACCUAAACGCGUACCGAUCGGGAAAUUUGGAGUUUGUUGAACAAUAUGGAGUAACCAAGAAGAGGUUUCGGACGAAAUUUUCUCAAGAACAGAAAGAUAAAAUGAUGGAAUUUGCGGAGAAACUUGGGUGGAAAAUGCAGAAGCAAGAUGAAGUAGAAGUGCAGAGAUUUUGCCGUGAAGUGGGUGUUAAAAGGCAAGUUUUUAAAGUUUGGAUGCACAAUAAUAAACAAGCCACGAAAAAGAAACAAUCUGGUUAAUAUAUAUGUAUAUAAGAGAUUAUUUGUGAAUAAAAUUAGUGUAUUUGUAGGAUAUAUAGAUAAUUAAUUAUAGAGUAAAAUCUCAUUAUUAUCUUAAUUAUUUGGGACUUGAUGAAUUUACAAUUUUUUACAAAUGUAAUUUCUCAAACAAAGAUUGAAUUUUAUUGUGAAACCCAACAAACAAACCCAAUUUAGAGGAAAUUGGAUACUCAUACAAGGAUUUAGCAUAUUCAUCUGUUGCAUGUUCUCUUUGGUCGUAUUUUCCUUUGCGGAUGUAUGUUGUUGUCUUUCAUUUUUAUCUAUACUUUGAUUAUAGUUUAAUUACUAUGAGCGAAAUACACUGAAUACGAUAAUGAUGAUAAUUUGCUACAAGUUCUACUAUUGGCAAAGCAUGGUUACCUGCAGCAUAUUCAAGAGUCAAAUUUAGCUUACUAAAGACAGGUUGGCUAAAGCUUAAUUAGGUACCGACAUCCCUUCCUAAUUAUCAAAGGUAUGUUGAAUUCUUAACCUUAAUCGUUUUCUCAAAAUGUAUCUAUUUUUUUAAAAAUUUAUUUAUUUAUUUAUUUAUUUAUUUGGGGUGUAUCCCAACUAUUUCUGCCUUGGACCCAAUUAUCCAAAUACCUUAAAUGUUAGAUUAAAAUGAACAUUUUAUUUCGUCAAUUUUUCAUUCCUAUAAUACAUUCGUUAGGAUAACAAGUAGUAUUAAUUUUCAUCGCUUUUCCUUGCAUCACUAACGACCGAUUUGGUAAUCAGUAUUAAUUAGUGAGAAUGGUAAUGAAAAGUUAAUGUAAUUUUGGUAGAAAUAUCUCUUGAUAAAUUUAAUGGUUAUAUUUAUUCUCCUUCAACAAUCUUAUUUUCUUAAAAAAUUCAUUUCAAUGCAUUACCAUCUAAACAUGUAGUAUUAGGUGGUAAAGGAAGAUUCUGAAUAAAAAAACCUUUCAAUGAUUCAACUUUCAUUACCAUGGGAAUGACAUGAUACAUAUUAUGAAAAUUUACACUAUAAAUCAUUCCCAUUACCACCAAUUAGUACCGUUAAUCAAACGAGCCGUAAGCAGCCAGUAUACACCGUCAACCUUUGACUUGUGAUUAUCAAUUGUUUGAAUGUGGCCAAAAUCACCUUCUAGCUCUAGUAUAUCGAACAUUCUUUGAUCCCUACACACAUGUAUCGAGGCGGUUAAAUCUAACACAUACUUCUCUUGAUGACUACCUCUUUAUCAUUUUGAGUAAAGAAAGUGUCUUCAUAAUAUUUCUUGUUAGGCUACAUUAUUGGAAGAGCCCCAUCUUCAUCCAACAUUACCUACCUCAAAAUUUUCUUUUAACUAUGUUAAAUUCUUCAAAUUCUCUUCCUCCAUCAUACAAUUUUGUUGUAUAUGACCCUUUUUGUGACAAUAUUAGGAUUCCCGAUCACUCCAGUUUCUCAGUCGAGACCUUGACUAAAGUGGCUCUCACGUCUCCAUUUAUUCUUCCCUCUUUCAAACUCCUUGACUAGUGCUAAGUCAUCUUCAUCUUCGGACCCUUUUAAUCUAUUUUUAGAUUUCAUUUUUUCACUCUCCCUCACAAUAAAUUAAUAUUUUUUUUUCCUCCUAGGAGAUCCUAGGCCUUCCUUUAUUAUUGUAUUCUUUGGAGUGUCCUUUGUCAUUACCCACCAAAGUACUUCUCUUGAUAUCUUAUUGUAUGUUUUUUUCAAAUCGAUAAAAACCUUGUACAACAUCUCUUUUUCUAGCCCUAUAGUACUUCAUCAUUUGUAUCAUAAGAUGGAAUGCUUUCAUUAUAGAUCUCUCAAGCAUAUUCCAAAUUGGUUCUCUAUAUGGAGGUAUAUCUCCUCAUACGUAUCUCUAUUAAUCUUUUUCCCAUAAAUUCAUAGUAUGAAUCAUGAGUUUUAUUUCUUAAUAAUUAGAUCAAUC